UCAGCCUGUCUUUCAUUCCUCACUAGCAAGUUACAGAAGGAAGAACAACAAAAGAAGUCUAAUAAAAUGAAGAUCGCCUCUUUCAAUGCCAGACGUUUCGGACUGAAAAAAUGUUCAGAUAACAAGGUGUUCCCCAUUAUAACAAAGAUUGUUUCUCGUUAUGACAUUAUUGUGAUUCUGGAAGUCUUUGACUCAAAGGAAAAAGCUGCAAAAAAACUGGUGGAAGAGCUAAACAGCACCUGUAAAGAAGGAGCCAGCUACAACUAUGCCUUGAGCAAACCUCUGGGUAGGAAUGAGUACAAGGAACAGUAUCUUUUUAUCUUCCGAGAGGACCUAGUGAAGAUAAAGGACAUCUAUCAGUAUGAAGAUAUGCAACCGGGUGAUGAGGAUUCAUUUGCCCGUGAACCAUUUAUUGUCAGAUUUGAAUCAAAGAAGACAGCUCUGAAGGAUUUUGUCCUGAUCCCCGUACAUACUACACCCAAAGACUCUGUACAGGAAAUUGACGAACUCUAUGAUGUUUAUCUUCAUGUUAAAGAGAAAUGGGGAACCCAGAACAUAAUGCUGCUUGGAGAUUUUAAUGCAGACGGAGCUUAUGUCUCAGGCAAGAAAAUGAAGAAAAUACGUCUUCGAUCAGACACUGAUUUUCACUGGUUAAUUGAUGAUAAUAAAGAUACUACAGCCACCAACACAACAGAUUGCUCAUACGACAGAAUUGUUGUUCACGACGACAUGUUCCAACACAUUAUUCCAGAAUCUGCAACACCAUUUAACUUCCAGGAAGAAUACAAGCUAACCGAUCAGGAAACACUAGCAGUGAGUGAUCACUAUCCAGUCGAAGUGGAACUCAAACCAAAAAGCACCAAGAAAAAGUAAAGACUUCUGAUCAAGUAUUUUUCUUCAACUGAACCAUGAAUAGAAUUCAUAACUACAGCCAGUUUCACAGAAUUAACAUAUUUUAUGUCUGGAUAUGUGUACAACAAAAAAGUGUUUGUGGGGAUUAGAAACGUUUUUUUUAAAAAAAAAUUGAAACUAAAUGUGUUUCUCUAUUUUGUACACAGUGUAUAUUUUAAAUUCUUUUUUUGAUGCAAUUUGUUUUCUACUUUUGCCAUUUUUUUUGUAUUUUUAUUAAAUAACCAGGAUUUUACUACAAA